UUUGAAACGAAUUAAGGUUGUUUUGUCACAAUUUUUGUUGCAUUCCGUUUCGAAGGUUUUUGUUCAGGCAUCAAGGCUGCCCUCGUGAGGUCCUUUCCCACACCGUGUAAACAGAAAGUAAAAAUCACUACAGAUCCAAAAUUGUUUUGUGCAUUUUCAUCGAAAGCAGAUACAACUUAUAAAAAUGUUCAUUUCGACGGGGAGUGGUGAUCCUUCUUUUAAAGGCUUUACUCUGAUUAUGCCUGCAGUGUCUGUUGGGAAUGUGGGGCAGCUCGCCUUGGAUCUCAUAAUCUCAACACUGAACAUGCCAAAAGUGGGAUACUUACACACCGACUGUCUCAUUCCUAUGGCGGGGAAUAACCCAUACGCUACAUCUGCAGAAGAUGCCUCCCAACUUAGUACUAAUGCAGAGGUAUACUCCCACAGUGACUUAAAACUGGUCGUAUUGCAAAUACGGACACCCAUCAUCCAGACAAAAGUCAGAUCUUUUAGAAAGUCGCUUGUUUCCUGGAUCAAAAGUUGUGGAUUGGUCAAAACGGUCCUGCUGUCCAGCAGUCAUGCUUAUCAGAGAGAUGACCGACAGCUUCUUGGCACUUCUCUGCGGUACCUGCUGACACCGUCUCUGCAGAAGGUGGAGGGCCAGAGAGUAGAGGAACUGGGCUGGAGGGAGAUGGAGAGAAUCAGUGUGUUCCCUGACAUACCUGACUCGGAGCAGCGGCUCUACAUUCCUGGAGGAGGGGUGACCAAAGCCCUUUACACAGACUGCUGCACUGAAGACAUCUCUAUGGCGGUAGCUCUGAUCUUCUGUUCAGAAGGAGACAACAUUGCUGAUGCUUUCAUGCUUAUUAACCAUCUCAAUGACUGGCUUCGUCUGCUAGAAAAACCUACACAGGGGUCUGUGCAGUGGAGGGUCCCUCCCUCAUGGAGUCUGCUGUUCGGCAGCGGUAUCCCACCUCUUAUCUUCUAAAGCACACCUGAGAAAUAUCUGUGCCGGCUGAUCUGCUCUGCAACAGUCUAACCAUUAUGGACUGAUAUACAACCUUGACACAUUCGGAAUAGAUAUUUGGCUUGUAAAUAAAUGGCUUUUUAUCCAAAA